AUGACGUUGAAUAUCCCAUCCAGCCAGACAAUCAUCAGGCAGCAUGAUGACGGUAUUCUCAAAGUGACGCCUGGUUCGCCAAUCCCGGAAAUCGAGGGCCAUCAUGUCCUCGUACGCACCCAUGCAGUGGGCCUAUGCCCUUGCGACUUCAAGAUGCCAUUGCGGUUUCCCACGUCUGGCCUCUGGAACGGAUGCGACUUCUCAGGAACUGUUGCGGCGGUCGGCUCUGAUGUUACGCGAUUUCAGGUCGGCGACACUGUCUUUGGUGCCGUGCAUGCCUCGAACCAGGCCGACCCGCAGUCUGGAUCCUACGCCGAAUAUCUGAAGGCUGAGGCAGACUACAUUUUCAAGACGCCGCCUGGUAUUGACCACAUGAAGGCGACGGCGAUGUACGGUACCGGUAUUGCGACUAUUGCCAUGGCCUUAUACUCGCUCAAGAUUGCUGGCGAUCUGAGCGCGCCCGCCGAGGGCAAAGCCUCCGAGACGGUUCUCGUCUUUGGCGGCAGCAGCACUGUCGGGAUGAUGGCAAUCCAAUUAUUGAAGCUUCUCGGCCAUCGUGUCAUCUCUACUAGCUCGGAGAAGAACAUGGAAUUGGUCAAGUCUUACGGCGCCGAGGAGGUUUUCGACUACAGGUCACCCACAUGCGGUGCCGACAUCAAGAAGUACACCAAGAAUUCCCUUCGGAAUGUAAUUGAUCCGUUUGGAGAAGUCAAGACAAUGUCAAUUUGCUAUGAGGCUAUUGGCCGUGCUGGGGGCAAGUAUUGUGCCCUGGAACAAUACCAAGAGGCCCUGGCAACUCGCCGCACGGUCAAACCGUUCCUGAUCAUGGGUUCCUCCAUUGCUGGCCGUGGUCUGGUGCUGCCAGAUCCAUAUGGAAGCCCGCCCGACCCUGAGUUGGGCGCCUGGUCGCUAAAUUUCUACAAGGACUUGCAGGUCCUUGUAGAUGAGGGGAAAUUGAAGGAAUGCCCCCAAGAGAUUCUCCCCGGUAAAUUCGAUGCGAUUCUGCCAGGCCUGGAUCGGUUGAAGAAUAAGCAGGUCUCGGGGAAGAAGUUGAUUGUACCGUUAGUUUAG